AUGGCGACCGUGCAGGACCAGAUUGCGGUUCCGGGCCAGCUACUGGGCCCGGCCUCGCGCUUUGUGCCGGGCGCGGGCACGCAUCUCGCCGACGGCCAGGUGUACGCAUCGCUGCUGGGCCACGUCUCGGUGCGGCAGCCGGCCGAGGCGGGCAAGAAGACGGCGAUGCUGCCAAAGCGGCUGACCCGGAUCAUGGUGCCGUCGGUAGCGACAAAGGGGCCGGACGGGGCGGCUCAGGGCUCGUCGCUGGCCGACGUGAACAAGGCGACGGUGUCGGUGUCGCGGGCGCGAAUCGCGCAAGGCGGCGAGGUGCUGCCGGACGUGGGCAACACGGCGCUAUGCCGGGUGGUGCGGAUCGCACAGCGGCAGGCAGUGGUGGCGAUCCUGGUGGUGGGCGACGUGGUGCUGGAGGCCGAGUGGCAGGGCGUGAUCCGGGCACAGGACGUGCGGGCGACCGAGAAAGACCGCGUCAAGAUCUACGAGUCGUUCCGGCCGGGCGACAUUGUGCGCGCGCAGGUGAUCUCUCUCGGUGACCAGGCAAACUACUACCUCUCGACGGCGAGCAACUCGCUGGGCGUGGUUAUGGCGACGAGCGAGGCCGGAAACCCAAUGUACCCGGUCAGCUGGAAGGAAUAUGUCGACCCCGAGACCGGCCUAAGCGAGCCCCGCAAGGUUGCCCGCCCCUUUUGA